GCUUUGCCGUACUUCUGCAAUUUCUGCAUGAGCUUAGAAUGCCGGGUAGUGGAGCGCAAUGCCUGAAGGGGGCAGGCGAAAGUCUGCACUGCUUGAGGAGCAGAAUCAGCAACUGAAAAAGGCGAAAGAGCGUCAUGCGCUGAACGCAGCUCUGGCAGAAAGAGGUGGUGGCUUGCUCUUACGUGGAUGGCGGCGGGAGCUUGACCCAGAUGGGUCCAUGGACGUCCCCUACAAGGAGCUGGACUGGCACUUGAGAAGGCUUGGCCUGGAGUUGAGUGCCAAGACGAUCGUUGACAAAGACGCUGAAGAGAUCAGCUUGGAGGAACUCAGCCCUGCGGAUGGCCACUUGGUGAACCGCAUCCGCAAUUGGAUCAAAGACGCCUUUGGCAGCCCAGCCAACAUGUGGACUGUGAUCGACGUCAAUCAAGCAGGGAAUCUGGACCGUGAAGGUUGGGUUGCUGCUUGCAUGUCAAGCGGCUUUGAAGGAACCGCAGAGGAGUUGUCCUACUUGUUUGACUUCAUCGAUAUUGAUGAGAGCGGGCAAGUGAACAAAGAGGAGGUUCUCUUCCUCGAGAGGGAUAGCCAGGAAAGGGACAAGGCCAUCUUUGAAGAGAAGAUGAAAUCACGGGGGCAGAUGCAGCGGCUUUGGGCUUCUGUGUACUGGUCGGAGCUGCACAAAAAGCAGUCACCACUGAGCAGAUUGGCUCCCAGGCCGUGGCUGGCAACAUCAUUCGAAAGUCUUCCGCCAUUAGUGAUUGUGAAGCGUCAGCAUAGGCUGCGCGAGGUCAGAAACCGCCAGCAAGAAGCAAAGACUCUCUUCUUGCAGAGUUUGAGCCAAAAGUAUGGAUCCUGCGCUAGAGCUUGGCGGCGUGGAAUUGACACUGAUGGCAAGUUCUGCAUCGACAAGCUGAUUCUGCGGAAUUUCUGCCGUCGCCAUGAGCUGGAUACCGAUGUGCACAUCCAGUCCUUGUGGUCCAGCCUCGAUUCGGACAAGGAUGGCAAAGUCUGUCUGCAAGAUGUUUCGCCCCUGGGUGCUGUCGCAUUGGCAUCGUUCAGGGCAUGGUGUCGCCAGAAGUGCGGGUCUUGUCGAGCGGUCUGGUACCUUGAAGACCUGGUCAAUGCUCGCUCACGACCACAGAAAGAUGGCAUGGUCCAGAUGCACUCUGACAAGAAGAUGCUGAUCUGCAACUUCACUGAGAGCCUGAAGGUUCUGGGUUGCAAGUGCAAAGGCGAUCAGGCAGAGAUGCUGUCCGCGCUGGACUUCUUCAAUGCGGGCUUCAUUUCGGAGGCUGAUCUGUGCUGGCUGGACGCAUGGGAGCCGCCCCUUUUUCUGACGGCACAGCCUUCAGAGGAGGAGUGGGCUUCCUUCAAGAGUGCUCUGCUCGAAAGAUAUGGAUCGCCGCUGAAUGCGUGGCGACAGCUGGACCUCGAUGGCCAAAAUGAGGUGUCAUGGAUGGAGUUUGUUGCUGGUUGCAGGCGAAUGCGAUUCAAGGGUGACACUGGCGCUGCCUGGAGAUACAUUGACAAUGACGCUUCGGGCUACAUCAGCAUGGAAGAAUUUAGUCGAGAUCACUACAAAGUGCUGAUGUCUUUCAAGCAAUGGGCUUCUGGCCUUUAUGGUUCUGUUGCGAGCGCCUUCAAGAACUUUGACAAGGAGGGGGACGGAACAUUGACUUUGAGCAUUUUGAGACGAUCCUGUCAAAAAGGAAAGUGGGAUGGUGAUCCACAGACCCUCUUUGACUGCGUGGGAGCAAGCAACUGCAAGGAUCCGUCAAAAAAGCUUAUCACCAUAGAUGACGUGUCAUUUCUGGACGUCUGGCCAGAUCGCGAAGAACGACCAGAUGAAGGAAAAGAGCAGGAGGACACUUUGACUCGAACAACUGAGAAAGAGGAAAGGAUCGUCUUACAAUCCAAAUCCGCAGCAACACUUGAUGUUUUCUCGCGGCUCUACACACCUCGAUACCGUAAAAAGAUUGCCAAGAACAUCGACGCAUCACCGACAGCCUACCCUGUUGAGAAAGCUGCACAGAUACAGAGGACGUACCAUUGCUGCUCCUUGCCACCGCAACGGCGGCCAAAGACUGCGCAAAGCAUGCUGCCGAUCAUGGAGAGGAUUCAUCAAAUCAGCGCUUUCUACAGAGAGCGUGAAGCGAACAGCUAGGGCGUGAUAGCCAAGCGUUAGCGUUCUGGCUCAUUUUCAAUGGUGGACAACCACACGCAAUGAAGUUGUUUCAUGUUGUUUCACGCUUAAAGCUUGACCACUGGCAAAAGCCAGUGCCAAUGCCUUAAAAGGAGCUAGGAGCCUAAGCAUUGUGCACCUGCCUGCAUCUUUGAGCACUGAAGAUAUUCACCGAC